AAAGAGUUCCAGCUUCAUCACGGAGUUUCUCUCGGUUUGUGGGCUCAUCUAAAGGACCAACGUGGAUCGAGAAGUCAGCGCUCUCAGGAUGCCGACAAUUUCAUUGAAGAAAGAAGUGGAAGAAAAAAAUACAACCGUGACGAGUUUGGGAAAGAUUUUACUGUGAAAGCUUCCCUAAAAAUGCAUCAAGUUAUCCACACCGGAGAGAGACCGUUCAGCUGUGGAGACUGUGGAGAGUCUUUUACCAGGUCUGCAAGCUUAAAAAGACACCAACUGAUCCACAGUGGAGAGAGACCGUUCAGCUGUGGAGACUGUGGAGAGUCUUUUACCAGGUCUGGACACUUAAAAACACACCAACUGAUCCACAGUGGAGAGAGACCGUUCAGCUGUGGAGACUGUGGAAAGUCUUUUACCACGUCUGGACACUUAAAAACACACCAACUGAUCCACAGUGGAGAGAGACCGUUCAGCUGUGGAGACUGUGGAAAGUCUUUUACCACGUCUGGACACUUAAAAACACACCAACUCAUCCACAGUGGAGAGAGACCGUUCAGCUGUGGAGACUGUGGAAAGUCUUUUACCACAUCUGGACACUUAAAAACACACCAACUGAUCCACAGUGGAGAGAGGCCGUUCAGCUGUGACGAGUGUGGAAAGUCUUUUACCAGGUCUGGAAAGUUAAAAACACACAAACUCAUCCACAGUGGAGAGAGACCGUUCAGCUGUGACGAGUGUGGAAAGUCUUUUACCAGGUCUGGAAAGUUAAAAACGCACAAACUCAUCCACAGUGGAGAGAGACCGUUCAGCUGUGACGAGUGUGGAAAGUCUUUUACCAGGUCUGGAAAGUUAAAAACACACAAACUCAUCCACAGUGGAGAGAGACCGUUCAGCUGUGACGAGUGUGGAAUGUCUUUUACCGAGUCUGGAAGCUUAAAAACACACAAACGCAUCCACAGUGGAGAGAGACCGUUCAGCUGUGACGAGUGUGGAAAGUCUUUUGCCCACUCUGGAAGCUUAAAAACACACAAACUCAUCCACACUGGAGAGAGACCGUUCAGCUGUGGAGACUGUGGAAAGUCUUUUACCAAGUCUGGAAGCUUAAAAAGACACCAACUAAUCCACACUGGAGAGAGACCGUUCAGCUGUGGAGACUGUGGAAAGUCUUUUACGCGCAUUUCACACUUAAAAUCACAUCAACUCAUCCACAGUGGAGUUAAAGCGUACACCUGUGAUCAGUGUGGCAGAGCUUUUACUCACAGUUACAGCUUACAGAGUCAUCUAGUUACCCACUCUGGCAUUAAGGCGUACAGCUGUGACAUUUGUGGAAAAACUUUCAGCCGGAUAGGGAGCCGAAAUACACACCUACGCAUUCACACCAGACAUGAUGUGUACAGCUGUGAUCAGUGUAGUAAACAGUUUACUACAAACACAGAGUUACGACGUCACAUGUUUACCCACACUGAGGAACGACCUUAUAAAUGUGACCUGUGUGAGAAGACUUUUAAAUCUCCACGUUACCUGAAAGCACACCAACAGAUCCACACCAGAAAGACUCUACAAGUGCAGUUACUGUGAGAAGCAGAGCGACACAGAUGGAUCAAGUUCUCAACCCUGUCAUCGCUGUGGGAAAGACUUUUGUUGUGACCUUUGUGGAAAAACUUUAAGUCAUUGAAGGACUCUGAAAAUACAUCAACGUAGACACACUGGAGACAAAAUGAACUACUGUAAAGAAUGCGGGAGAGGCUUCACCACUUCGAAGGACUUCAAACAAUAUGAACUCCUUCACAGUGGCGUUAAAAAGCAUGUCUGCGAUCAGUGUGGGUCAUCCUUCAUCAGUGCACAUCAGCUUGAAAAGCAUAAACGAGUCCACACAUGAGAGAAACCAUACAAGUGCAGACACUGUGACAAAACCUUUUCACAAUCAUGUGAUCAUACUAAGCAUGAACGCAGACACGAGACAAGAGAACUUCAUCUGUGAAAGAGUUUGAGUAAUCUCAGUUCAUACUCCACUCAGAAACGAUUCCAUGUUACAAAUAAACUGUUACGUCUUGAUUCCCGCUUUUACGUUAAUCUUGUAAAUAGUACAUUUGCAUAACGACUGAAACCGGCCAAUGAAUGAACAAUGGGCUGUGAGGUCAAUUUCUUCAUCAUUAAUAUGCAAAUUCUUAUGAGCAUUGAUCAACAACCACUGGUCAAUGGCCAUGAGUACCAUUCACAGAGUAAAAAUUUGCAUAAUGAUUAUGAAGUUUACUGUUACCAAUGUUCAAAAACAUUUACUAAAUUAUCUUCUCUGUGCAAA